UCUUGACAAUAAGAUCAGAGAGAAGCGUCGCAUUACGCGAACCGUGUUUCAACGAGAAAGCAGCCGAAAAUGAUUCGGUCCUGACAGGCCGUCAGACAUUGGAUGUACUUUGAUUUGGGUUGUCACUUGUUUUUUUUAUAGUUUGUUCUGAAAACAUUGUUUCCGGAGCGUAAAAGAAUCAAGAAGUUGUUGGAAAAGUCGCGAAAACGCGCCAUCCUUUACAGGAUGGAUAAAUCCACGACGAUGAAAGUCAUGGUCCCUGUUAUCAUUGCUUUGAUUCAUAUGGGUCAUGGAGCGGCAGAACUUGGGUUUGCAGGAGACUUCCAGAACCGCACAGCAAGACAGAUGAGCUGCGUGGAAAACCAGGAGUACCCUCACAACAGCUUCUGCUGCAAGAACUGUGAAGCCGGCACUUAUGUGAAGGAGAAGUGUAGCAGGGACCAGGAGAAAGGCAUUUGCGCUCCAUGUGAGAAGGGCACGUAUGCGGAACACCCCACAGGCAUGGAGCAGUGUCUGCAGUGCAGCCAGUGCCACAGAGAUCAGAUCGUGGUUGCAGAAUGCAUCAGCACAAGCAACACAAAGUGUGAAUGCAAACCUGGUACCUUCUGCCUGCCGGACGAACCAUGUGAAGUGUGCAAGAAAUGCUCCAAGUGCAAAGCUGAUGAGGAAGAAGAGAGCCAUUGCACUGCGACAUCCAAUACGAAGUGCAAGAAGCGAAACUCUCCUCCGACAGAAGGUCCAACGGACAAGCCUUUGGCAUCAAAUAACACUAAUACUAUAGCGAUUGUUGUACCAAUUUUAUUUCUGCUGAUAUUCAUCCUGCUUGGAAUAAUCCUCUAUAAGAGAUACCAACGUCAACUAAGCAGUCCUGCUGAUGAUUUGAAAGAAGUGAAAAUUCCUAUUGAUAAGCGCCCAAGAUCUGAAGAGGAACAAGAGAACACCCACAAUGCUGGAUUAGAGAGGAAAGAGGGGCAACGCCCAGAGUCCCGCCCCUUGUUGACGCAAGAAACACAGGAAACAGGUACCAAGAGCAUACCAGUGGAGGACGAGGACCGGGGAUUGGGCGACAGCUUGCCGAACACUACCAGCUCUUCCCAAACCAGUCUAUCUCCCCUCCCUCCUGCAGUCUACAACGAGGAAUCGCCACAAUCGAGUCCCCCAGCCCCAAGACAGCCAGAGAUGGUUACAGAGCCAUGGGCAGGGGAUGAUGGUCCUCCCAGAAGACUUGUUCCUGUACUUGGUAAGAUAUUAUUCUCUCAGUAUUUGGAGAAUACAUCAGAACGAAGUUUUUUCCGCAGCAUCGGCGCAGCACAUCGGCAGAGCGACAACGCCAUCAAGGUGGCCGAAACGCAGCAGCCUAUGGACAAAGUUUACGACCUAUUGCGGGUUUGGAUGCAAAAAGAGGGCCUGCGGGCAAACAUCAACACAUUACUACAGGCUCUGCUAGACCUGGAUCAGCGGUAUUCAGCAGAACACAUCGCCUCCAAGGCUGUUGAACGAGGCUACUACAAAUAUGAGUAACGUCUCUAAAAGACUGCAUGAUAUUUGUUGAGUAAAAAACAAAAUAACAGAGAGGUGUAGAUUCGUUUUGAUUUCUCCUCAGUGGGUCUGUUGGUCUCAUGGCAUGAACUUGAUGUCCUGUUACUGAGACAUUGGAGAAUCACCUCUCUGUAGCGCCCAAGUUGGGUUAAAAAGCCAACACUGGACCUUUUUUUGAGGAUUUACACUGGCUAGCAGCAGAGGGCGCUGUGUUCCCUCUACUACCGUACAUUGUAGUAGUGUUAUUUGGUGCACUGGCCUCAGGCUUUUAAACUACAGGUUGAUCCAAAGCCUACAUAUAGAUGUCAUUAAACCUUUGGUUAUGCCAAAUGUUCAAACUAAAGCAAGUGUAUUUAGUUCCGUGCCUUACAUGUUCGUACUGACAGGCACAAACUGAAGAUUUUCA